AUGUUUAGGAGAGUGAGAGCACUGUGUACAGAGGAGGGCGACCGAAGAGCAGACACACGCAAAAUUUGGCGUCUAUUUAGGAAAAACUUCGUAAAGAUUCGUGGAUUGGGUCUGCCUAGUGAUCUUCAGGAUGACCGAAACCAAUUGUGGAUGGUCCACGAUACGGCUAGUUCUACAAGUAAAGCGCCCAGUAUCUUGCAAGGAUCAAAAGCGGCUCUG